GAUGCAGCAAAAUAAAACAAAACACAAUAAAUACUUUUUUCAUUAAGUAUGGAAGCUGGAAUUUAUCAAGAUUGCAGAAGUGUUAUUGAUCAAUUCGUUAAUAACGAUGAUGACUCGUUUACAGGCUUUAGUAAAGAAUGGCUUAAAUUGAAGUUCUAUAAUAUAUACUACAGUCAAACGUCAACAACUGAAUUAUUACAAACAACAACAGCAAUUCUGCAGUUUACAAGACGAUGCAUUUGUGGUGAAGAGAGAUGGACUUCAGAUGAAAAAAAAUUUCAAAAGCAACGUGUAGGAGCGCUCUUUUUGAUGUAUGCAGUAUAUUUUAAACAGCCUACUAAGGAAUAUGUUAAAAUUCAAUUAAGUAUAGAAACAUUUACAACAAUUAAGAUGUUUAUCGAUGCUAUAACAGAGACUCCAGUUCGUAAUGAAGUAGAAUAUGUAUUUUGGAAAAUGGUGAAGUGCAAUGCAUUUAGAUUUUGUGCCACUGACUUUUUAAGUGGCCUAGAAGAUCUUGUCAAUUAUGAUCAUAUUGAUUGUACAAACACAACCAAUGGACAACUGAAACGAGCUAGUUCAUUGAAAUGUGAGUUCAAGGAUGUAAUAUUAAAUACAAAUGUUACAGUACCACUGAGUAAAGUGGAACAGAUAUAUAAUAAUGUAAAAAGCGAUCUAGUUCAAAAUUAUAAAUUAAAUAAAUUAACUUUGCCGCCGACACAAGCUAUUAAGGAAUUAAACGAAGUGUGUGAAGAUAUGUCUAAAAUGUUUGAAUCUAAUGAAACUGAUAGUACUAACACCACCAAUACUAAAGUGAUUCCAAAUUCAAGGAAUGCUUUAAAGAGAAAAGCUCAUAAAAAAAUAACCAGUCCGAUACUGUCAGAAGCCGAUACAACAGGCAAACGUGCCGGUAACUAUAAGGGCAGAACAAAUGUACGUCAAAUUAUGACAAAUCCGUUAUCAGCAGACCUUAACGAUGAAAUUGAAUGAGAGAAAUUAUUAAACUUCAAAACAUAUAACAUAUAAUGAAUGAUGAAUAUACGAAUAAUGAAUAUAGUAUUUCAAAUAUUUUAUUAUUUAAGCUAA